AGUUGUAUUCCAGUAGUAUAAAAUAUAACUUGAAGUCGUCAGUAUAUUUCCGGUAUAUUUUUAAAAUAAGACUGUAUAUUUUGUUAUAUUUCCGAGGUUCGGACGAUGUAUUUUAGCGCUAAGUCCGCGGUCACACUGCCUGGUGUGCGACUUGAAGCCGACUGUGUGUGUGUGUGUGGUCGAGGUAGAGAGAAAAGUGGAAAAGCAGAGAAGCAGAGUGUAGAGAAUAGGCAGCGCGGAGAUCGAAGAAGAAAAAGCCCAGUUUGAAUCGGUGCAAAAACAGUUGCACGAAGUGGCAAGCCCAAAACCAAAAGUACGAAGAAACAAUUUACAGCAUUGCCGUAGACGUGCGUGUGACUGGCAGCAACAGUAAAUUCAAACGCAACCUCGUCGGCCCUCACAUAACAGCCUCACACACUGCCUUUAGCCGCGUCGCUUCGCAUUGCGCAUUACGCUACGGCAGCGGUUACGUCGUGCGUGCUGUGCCUCUCAUCUUUCUGUUCGACGGUGCGUGUGUGUGUGCGUAAGGUGUGGUGUAUAUAGAAAAUCGAUUGCAAUUGAACCAACGCCGCAGUCGCCGUAGCAGCAGCCGCGUGUGCUGUUACGAUUUUUUCCAUUACCAACAUUUCUGAGCCGUUCUGCGGUUUUUUUUUUUGUUAAAUCAAUCCACCGCGCGCCGUUUUCUGCAACAUAUCAAAAAAUUGUUUUAAAUAUUUUUUGCCUGUGCCACCCGCUUUUCGGUGAUUGCGUGUGGGUGUGUGUGUGUGUGUGCGUGCGUGUCGUGCGUUGAAAGGAGAUAGAGAAGAAGCAAGAGCGUUAUCGCUCCAUCUCUCUCUCCUAGUUCCGUUCCGGAUCGAAAAUGGAUAAGCCAACAACAAAAACCACAACGAACACGGCCCCGGCCGAUGCCCAGAAUGAGGCAACAGCAGCGGCAACACAGCCAAAUGCUGGGUGUGGCAGCACCACCACCACCACCACCAACAACAACAACAAAAGCAACAACAGUGGCACCACCACAACUAACGGCACCAGCAGCAACAACUGUAACGGGAAUAGGAGCCACAGCAACGGCGUCGCCUUGCAGCGUUUAUCAUCAUCGACUACAACAACAACAACAAGUGUAAAUGGCAACGCCACAAGCAACGGCAACGGAAGUGGAAGUGGCAGUGGCUCCUCCAACGCUGGCAUGCUGAUUAACCUCAAUAUCAGCACCACCACCGGCGGCAACUUUGCCGUCAGCGUGGAGCCGCACAUCAACGUGGAGAGCCUCAAAAAGAUCAUCGCCAAAAAGCUGAAGGUGGCAAAGGAUCGUAUAUGUCUGCUGCACCGUGAAAAAGAACUACAGGAUGGGACACUCAAAGAUCACAACUUAAUGGAUGGUUCCAAGAUCAUUUUAAUACCAAAUGUGGAAACUGGUUUACUGGCCCAGCGUCCGGAGAACACGGUGAUGCAGGCCCUUGAAUCGCUCAACGACUCGCAGGUUAACGACUUCCUCAGCGGCAAGACUCCGCUCAAUCUGAGCAUGCGCCUGGGCGACCACAUGAUGCUCAUCCAGCUCCAGCUGAGCACCGUCAAUCCGAGUGCCGCCACUGUGGUGUCCGCCUCGGGCGGCGGCGGGUCCGCCUCUGCGGGUGGCAGCUCCUCCUCCUCCACCAGCUCCAGUUCCAACGCGACUUCUGCAGCCGCCGCUUCGACAGCCGGGGGCGGCUCCACCUCCUCCGCCGCUGCCGGAUCAUCAGCCGUGCUGCUGGGGGGCGGUGGCUCCUCCAACAAUAGUUCAUCGUCGCACACACGUGCUCGGCCGUCCGGCCAGCGCCUUGGCAAGAUCGGGCAUGGCCACGUGCACAGCCAUCAACAUCCGAGCCUGCAUCACGGCUCCUGGCACGGCCACGCGCACGGGCAUGGGCACGGGCACGGGCAUGGGCAUCACCAUCAUCACCACCACCACCAUCAUCAUCACCACCAUCACAACGCCUCGGCGGUGGCCGCCGGCACCGGCGGGGGCAUGUCCUCGCUUCGCAAGAUGUACGUUGAGCUUCCCAGCUCCAGUCCCAGCACCAACACGAGCUCCAGCUCCAGCUCCAGCACGGGAGGGGGAGGAUCGAGUGCUUCCAGGGGCAAGCAGGAGGGCCAGGGACAUUGCCAGGGCCAGGGCCAGGGCCUCAUCAAUGCACCCGAUCUGACCAAACUGCUGAUCAAGGGCGGCAUCCAAAACAUUGUCAAGAGCUUUGCCCUCAAGGAGACCACGCGCGCGUCAGCCAACGGAUCGGCUGGGUCCUCCGGAUCGUCCGCUGGCCCCGCCACCGGGAAGACCCUGCUGGAGCAGUCGCCCAUCAAAUCGCUCUCGAAUCUCGUCUCGAGCCCCAUUAAGAUGACGGCCAUCAAGAACAUUCCCUCGGGCUCGAGCUGCAGCUGCAGCUCAAACGCAAACCCCGCCACGGCACCUGCUUCCACAUCCAGUUCCGCCUCCGCUUCGUCGGGAGCAUCGGGUGGCGUGGUCUGCAGCAGCAACGGCUGCCAACAGGAUCCGAUAGCCGCCAAGCUGACGUCGUGCCUCUGCACGCGCCUGGCCACACCGCCAGCUGGACAGACGACGGACUCCACUGCCUCCACUGCUGCACCUGCAUCUGCCUCUGCCACCGCCCCAAUGGCACCCAGGUCUAACAAAUGCCCCGACAGCUGCAUUGGCUUCGCUGCGUCCCGCUCCUCGGCCACGACCAGCGGCAGCAGCAGCGGCGGCGGCAGCCUCGGGGUCACCUUCUCGGGUAACUCGAUGAUGCACAAGACGGGCAACAACCGCAUUGCGCGCUCGAAGCACCGCCACUUCCACAGCCACAGCAGCCAGAAUCAGUUCUACCAGCAGCCGUGCGUGAAUGCCGCCGCCUUCUCCGCCUCGGGAUCGGGGUCGCGCCGCAAGCAGGAGCAGGCCGGAGCAGCAGGACCCACAGCGGCUCCAGCAGCAGCAACAACGCCCCAGGCCACCGUCUCGGGCUCCGCCUCUUCAGAGCCGGAUGAGGCAUCGCUGGGUGUGUCCGACACCCGGACACUGGCCGAGGCAUCGCGCAAUCUCACCCAGACGCUGCGCAAGCUCUCUAAGGAGGUGUUCACCAACAAGAUCGAUCUGUCCGGGGCCAGUGUGAGUAGCUCCAGCAGCGGCGGUGGCUCCUCCUCCUCCUCGGGGUCCGGCGGCAGUGGUGGCAGCCACGUGGCCGGCGGCUCUUCGGGGGGUGCAGGCGAUGAGACGCCCAGAAAGGGCGGAUCCGGGGCCGUCAUUGAGUCCAUGAAGAACCAUGGGAAAGGCAUCUACUCUGGCACCUUCUCGGGCACCCUAAAUCCCGCCCUGCAGGACCGCUACGGUCGCCCCAAGCGCGACAUUUCGACGGUGAUUCACAUUCUCAACGAUCUGCUGAGUGCCACGCCCCAGUACAGUCGCGCGGCGCGCAUCAGCUUCGAGACACCCAGUGGCACGGGUGGUGGCUCCGUCUCCAGUGGGUCCGGGUCCGGAUCCUCGUCUGCAUCCACCUCCUCCUCUGCUGCAGCAGCAGGAGCUGCAGUCAGUGGACUGCAUCAUGGAUCCCGCGGUAAAAUUUACUCAUCGAAGCACCACAACUGCGUGAAGUGCAGUCGCGCCCACCAAUACACAGCCGUGUCGACAGCCCUGACUGGCGGCUACUCCGCAUCGAAGGCAUCCGCCGCCGCAGCACUAUCCUCCGCCUCCACAUCGUCCAAGUCCACGCACAGCUGCUGCCUCCUGGAGGGCAGCAAUGCCGGCGGCAGUUCAACAGCAACAUCGGCCUCCAUCCACAGCAAUGGAAAUGGGAACGGGAAUGGCUGCAGCUGUCGCUAUCGCCUUGUGGCCGGCGGGGAGGAGCGCGAACGCGAGAAGGAGCACACGUGCCAGAAGUGCACCCAGGAGCUGGACAAUCUCAAGACCAAGUCGAAAAUGGACCAGCUGCGCCUGGUCAUGCAGCAGCACAAGCAGAAGCGCGAGGCGCGCAAACUGAAGUGCGGACCCUAUGCGGUCAAUGUCAGGCAAGCGGCUGCGGAGGCCAGUGCGGGCGCUGAGGCUGCCUCUGUGGGCGCGGGCGCCCAGUACAGUGCAGUGAGUGCCCUGGUGGCCACUGCUGCCCAGGGAACAGCCGGAGGAGGAGCUGCAGCUGUAGGAGGAGGAGCGGCGGCAGCAGCAGCAGCAGCAAAUACCACAACAUCAACAACAACCACCACCGCCACAGCCACAGCAGCAUCGGGGGCCAGCAGCGAGGUGCCGCCCAAUCACAUUGUGGAGGAGGUGGACACGGCUGCCUAAGCAACCUCUCAUCGAGCCCCUCAACCCCUCAACUUUGUCCUAUUUGUUUAGCAUUUACUAGUUUAUGCUUGAAGUUUGUUCCACAAGCAACAGAACACAAUCCACAACAACACGAAGAAAGAAAGAAGAAACAGAAAGAGAAACCGAAACAGUUAGAAGACAGAAAAAGAGUUACAGAAUAGAAGCUUAAGCUUGUAAUCAUCUAAAUAUAUAUAGUGUAUAACCAGGCGAUCCCUAUAUUUGUGGAUGAUAUGACAUGAACUCCACCAUCCACCAUCCACCAUCCACUCGUUGCUCUGCCACCCAGCGACGGCGGAGAGGAGAGAGUGAAAGGGGAGUGGAGCUGUUAAAUUAAUUGUAAGAAUUAUAAUUGAGAACACACAAAAACCAGAACCAGAAACAGAAACACAACCACAAGAUGAGAAUAAUAUAAUGUUGUAAAAGCCACUCGGCCCCAGGGCGCUCCAGGGUGAAUCCAGGAGUGCACUAAAUUAUAUUUGUAAAUGGAAUUUAGUUAAAUUUGUUUGUUCCAUCUGAGGGAAAACGGAACCUUUUCAAAAACAAAACAAAAAAAAAGAGCACCACUCUACUCCAGAAAAGAGAGUGGCGAGUGGAGAGGAGGGGGAGAAUCCAAAAAACGGAACACACACUGCAUAAAAUAGUAGUUAAAGUAACCGAAAGGAAGAAGGAGAGAAAUUCAGCAAAACAUUUGAUAAAUUAUAGGAUAUAUCCCUCCCCCCUCCCCCCCACACUUAAUGCAAGAAGCAACAAAAAAAAAACCAUAAAUUAGAAUUUACUUUAAGGACACACACACACAACCACACACACACACACACACAUACAUGGCUUUGGCAGCUUUAUAUUCAAUAUUAUGUUAAAACUUAAACACGAGAGAACGAGAGAGUAUCGAUCGCUUUAACCUGAUUUGCCUUAAUAGAAAAUCGUUUUUUUUUUUCCGCCUUAUCUAUAUCUAUAUAUAUAUAUAUAUUUAGAUUUUUUUUUUCGUUUGAAAGAGUAUUUUUUUUUGUUUGUUUCUGACGGACAAAUUGUGUUUUGCGAAACAUGGAAGGCGAAGGAUAAUGAAUGGGGUUCAGACCACCCACCCAUCCACACCACCAACACCACCACCACACACACGGCACCCAAUUACUGUCUAUUACUGUCUAUUACUAUUGAAUUAGUUAGUAAGAAGUACCUAUGUUUUUUUAUUCUAUUAAUUUUACUUUUGAGAACACACCACCCUAAUGCUAUAUCAAUAAUCUUUAAUCUGUAAUUUUUAAUCUGUAAUCUGUAAUCUAUUAUCGAUUGUCGUUUAUCGUUUAUCGUUUAUCGAUCGAAAGUGAAGUGUAUCGUAGUUUAGUUUGCAACAAGUCGCAGGAGAAUGCAGCCGAUUUAUCAGUUAAUCACUUUGGAUUAUAAAUACUAUAUACAUAUUGGAUACGUACACUAAUUAUUAUUAUUAUUACUAUUAUUUUUUUUUUAUUGUUCGUUGUUCAACACUUACACUCGUACUCGUAACCCGAUUUCAAGCCGAUAUUCACAAGCAGAAGAAGAAUGCAAUUAGUUUUUAGGCAAGUUUAACUUUUGAUUUGUCGACUGGAGUAUCGAUUCGGCCCCAAACCCCCACCACCACAGCAGGAACAGCAACAACAACAACAACAACAACAACUACUUUUGAUUUCAAUAAAUGUUUAGUAAAUGGUUUAGUUAACUAA